AUGAAAGAUAAAGUCGUGGUGAUUACCGGCGCCGCCUCAGGCAUAGGUCUCGAGACUGCGAAGCUUCUUGCCUCCAAAGGCGUCAAGGUUUCUUUAGCCGAUGUCCAGGAAGGCCCUCUUCGCAAGGUCGUGGAUGACAUCAAGAACAGUGGCGGGAUUGCGUCUGGGACUGUCGUCGAUGUCCGCGAGCGCAAACAAGUCGAGGCUUGGAUAGACGCCACCGUCAAGGAAUUCGGCAAGCUGGACGGCGCAGCGAACAUAGCAGGCGUCAUUGGUAAGGGCAUCGGCAUCCGAGGCAUCGAAGAGAUUGAAGAUGAUGACUGGGACUUUGUGCUUGGUAUCAACACAAAGGGCGUGCUGAAUUGUCUUCGCGCUCAAAUCCCGCAAAUGAACGAAGGAGGCUCAAUUGUGAAUGCCGCGAGUAUAGCUGGCUUGAUCGGAUUCCAGAACAAUGCCGCCUAUGUCGCCUCGAAACACGCAGUGGUCGGCUUGACAAAGGUAGCAGCCAAGGAGCUCGGCCCUCGCAAGAUCCGCUGCAACUGUGUUUGCCCGGGACCGAUCGACACUCCUAUGAUUCGAGCAUCUGAGGAUAUCAAAGGAGAUGGAAAGGUCACUUUUGAGGAUGGGAUAUGUUUGCGGCGAAGAGCUCAUCCCAAAGAAGUGGCCGAGGUUGUCAUCUUCUUACUGUCUGAUGCCGCAAGCUACGUUACCGGGUCAUCGCAGCAGGUUGACGGGGGUUGGAACUGCUGA